ACAACGGAUUGUCAAUUUCAGAUUCAAAACAGUUUUACGAAAAAUACUUAAUAUUUUGUUGAUAUACUAUUUUAGAAAUAAAUGUGAAUGAGUUUUGUACGUCGACUUUGCGCUUAAAUCGAUUGAGCGCCCGUCAUGGAUAUCAACGAAGGCACCACAACGGAAGACUUAUGGACUCCAUACAAGGAGUUAGUGGCGGUGGUGGAGGGGUACCUGGCUCACGAGAGCGGCAGUGCCCCAUAUGCUGUGCACACUUUUGAAUCUGUCCUCAGAAGACAUAAACAGACAUUCCUUUCACUGCUAAAGAACCCGCCUAAGAACCCAGGUAGCAGGGAGGAGAUAAAACGUGGCAUCACAGAGGGAGUGAACCUGCCCAGUGUGGGUAGGACACUGCUCUCGAAGGAGCUUGUAGAUGAAGCCAUCAUUAUCUCAGACAUGUACAACGUAAACGAGUAUCUAGCUCUGGAGCUCCUCCACACAGCGCAGAGACAGCUGCCGCGACACCCGGGGCUGCCGCGCGGUCUCGUGGCAGUACUGCUGUACUACGACGCACGCCGCGCCAUCGUGCAAGCGCUGAAGGAGCUCGUCAUGUCUACGCAGGGCGUGUGCUGGUCAAUAAACGCCCGCGAAGAGAUAGUGAACUAUGUGACGCGCUACAUCGCACAGCUGAUCUCGGACGGGUUGCUAGGCAACGUGCUGGAUGCCUUGCGCCGGUACACCUUGGAGGGCGAGCUGGAGCUGCUGCAGGCCAACCGCGCGCUGCCGCCGCACAGGCACCACGUGCGGCUGCUGGCCAUGAUAGACAACACCAGAAAACUGUUAGCUGGCGUGAUAUUCACGGCUUCAGCACAGCACGGCCUUGGCAGAGACAUACUGCUUCGGAUUCUUAAUGAGCAAACCACAUCGCCCUCGCAGGGCCCCACCGGCGCGUUGGAUGAAAUCUCGUUAGCGUUACAAAUGGCGUUACUUUACGCUUUGGAUUUAUCAGUAUUACACAGAAGAGAAGACGGCGAAGAACUAGCGAAGAAACUCCCGUUAAUCCAAGACCCGGACCUCAUAUCAGUUCUCCUUGACGAGCUCACUCCACAUCCGAACCAGUCUCACGAUCAACCUGAGAAGACGUCUGGGGUCCGCGCACUGUGCCAGCUUGCGCUGGGACUAGCACUAGCGGCGCUGAAGAGGGCGCCACAAUCGCUGCUGAGACGCGGCGGCGGGCCAGAGGUCAAAGUGGAACUACUGGAUCAGGAUGAGGUGCUAGUUGACGCUGCCAUUGAUGGGAAGGUAUUCGAGUAUUUGGACGAAGCCAUCCUGUCAACGGACUUCGUGGCUAAAGAAGAGUACUACCAGCGGCGGAUCCACACCCUCAUCACAGACUUCAUCGUGCUGAUGCACUCCAAACUCAUGGAGAUGAGAGUCAAGGCGGACGAAGCAGCGCGAGCAGUGCAGAUGUACGCGGCUGAAGGCCUGACCCCACCAGCCGGCGCCGGGCAGUCCCGCACCCGCCUGGACUCGCUGCUACGCUGCGUGGAGCGGCUGUAUGCGCGCGACCCGCUGUCGCUGCGGCACGACUACUGGCGCGCCGCCGACACUGGCGCCAGUCCGCAUGUCUACAGGGCUGGAGGGCGGGCGGCCACGCUGUACAAGUUCGUGCGCCUGUCGGGCGAGCUGGUGUGCGCGGCGCUGCUGCCGGCCUACCUGCGGGCGCUGGCCAGCCUGGCCGUCAGCAAGCACACGUGGGCGCUGCUGGCGCGCAGGGACGCGCUCUCUGCUGCCCACCUGCUCACCGCGCUCGCCAGAUACCACGCCAAUCUGCGAGCGGACCCAGCACCGUUUUCGGAUCACCUGCACUCAUCGUCGCUGGGCGCGUCGGCGAUCGUCACCCCCGCCGCUAGACCCGGGAAACUUCUAGUCAGGCAGGAAGAGGUGGAAGCAAUGAUAGCAGCGCUGAAACUUAUCGCGGGCGUGGCAAGAGAGGACCACGCCGCGUGCGCCAACAUCUGUGAGAAUCUGCAGUGGGAUGCCGUUAAUGUUAUGUUCGGUUUGAUCUGCUGCCACAUCCCCAUCCAGCUCAAGGCGGAGCUGUGCCUGACGCUGGCGGCCCUGGGCGGCACGGCGGCCACGGCUGGGCGCGUGUGGGCGGGCCUCGAGGCCGCGCAGCUGGUCAGCACCACCAAGGACAAGCGGGCACUCAAUGCUGAGCUGCACGAGGUGGAAUGCCGUAUGGAGGAGUACCCCCUGUCCCGCGCGUUCCUCAAGCUGCUGGAGUCGCUGUGUAGCGCCGCGCCGCUGCCUCGCGCGCUGGGCGCCGGCGCCCGCGCGCCCGGCCUCGACCCCUACGUGGAGCACGUGCUCAACAGGCUCGCGCUGCCCGCGCCGCACCGACCCUACGCCAGGCCGCAGGAGAAGUGGCAGCUGUUAUCCCUCUGUUUCGCCGUGUUCGCGCGCUGGCUGGAGCAAUACGAGCCGUGCGCAGGGGACUUCCCCGUGAGCGGGCGCGAGGCCGACACCAACCCCCCGCCCGGGUUCCGGCUGCUGCUGCAGCUGCACACCAAGUCCGAGCUGCUGCGGCUGCUGCUUGGAUGUUUGGAUGAGGCGCACGAGUUGCUGGACCGCCAACCUGCGCCUGGAAGGGAGUACAUAGAGCAGAGCCUGGUAUACAUCCUACAAAUGCUGGAGCGCGCGCUGACGUUAGAACGAGCGCUCGUCACCACCGCGACUGAGGCUGGCCGCUCUGUACUUAUUGUUGGUCUCUCCAAACUUAUUCUUGCCCCCGAAGGCCCCGACAACAGCGACCGUCUGGUGACGUGCUGCAGAGUGCUGCAGCACGGCGUGCGGCUGCCAGUCCUAGCGGCACGCGCCGUCACGCUGCUGUGCCGCGCGCUGCAGGCGCCGGCUGCAGCGCGACACCUGCUGCCCGCCAUCGCGCACCGACAGGCGCUGGCCACUGAGAUCAGACACGGCUUCGUAGAAUGCCUGGAAGCGGAGGAGUGGGGGGACGAGGAGGAGAACGCGGCAGUGCGGCAGACCAAGGAAGGCAUCAUCAUGCUACUGCAACAAGUGCUGCCUACUGCGCCGCCGAACUUGGCACACUUCCUACUGGGAUACCAACUUAGUGAGGACGUGAGCCGCAGUCAGUUGAACGAGCCGGGCGCGGCUGGGUUCCCCAGGACAUGUCUCCACUCCAUCCUCGACAUACUGGACCAACACAUCUCGGGGCAAAACAGCGCUGACAGGGAAGCAAGCAACCUAGUGGAGAGUUGCUACCGGCUCGUAUACUGGUUGUGCGCGCGGCCCAACACCUCCGCUCCUGUACUGCGCUUGCUACGUUCCAGAGACUACUUCCUCUCACGACAUGUCAAGGCUACCGUUAAUCUCGAGACGGCGUCGGUGGCGACGCUGUCGGCGCGCUCGUGGGUGGUGCGCGCGUGCGCGUGCGAGGCGGGCGCGGCGGCCGCGGCGCGCCAGCACGCCGCGCUGGCCGCGCUGCUCACGGCGCUCACGCACACCGCCAACCACCCCACGCAGGAAUGGGAGUGGUGCUUACUGCGUCGGUCCCUGGAGGCGCUGCCAGUGAGCGUAGAGGCGGCGCCCGAGCCACACUGGGAGCUGUUCAACGCGCACCAGCUGAGACAUGCCAUCGCCUCCUGCGACCUACCUACUGGUUUGGGCGGCAAGCGCAUCAGCGUGUCGCGGGUGCACGCGCUGCUGGCUCGUGAGCUCGCCGCACUCAACGCCACCGCGCCGCAGAGGAACCUCGUCGUGCUUGAAAUACAGAAGGUGUUAGACUACGUAACAGACGUGAACCGUCAGCGCAACCUGGCCGCCACUCUCACCCACUACUACGACUCGUGGCGACAACUAACUGAAAUCCUCUUCUGUGUCGCGCCGCAAGACGUGCUCAACCUCGAAUCACGCAAGAACCUGCUCCUAAAUAUACUACAAGACUUACUCAACAAGAUACCACCAGCGGAAGUCCUACCACAAUUGGGGAACUUAGCUUCUGGAACCAUCUUACUCCUACUAGUCAACCUGAGACAUUGCUACAUUCUCCAGAAGCGAGACACGACCCUAAAAGGUUCGGAUUUCGAGACUACCUUCUUCGGCCCGUCAAACCAAAUCAUGCAAACGAACUCCCUAACUUUGAAGUUCAUUUUGCAUAAGAUUUUGAGCUGGAUUUUGGUCUCGGGCGGGUCUACGCAGAAGAUGAGAGUGAACUUAUAUGGGGCGUUGUUGAAUUAUUUGAAUAUAGUGAACUUGAAACCGAGUCCAGCGGAUCCAGAAGAAGAAACGAAUACAACAUACGUCAGUCGGCUGGACAGCUCUAAAGCCAGGCCUAGUAGAGAGGAGUCGUCACUCAAGUCUAUGGUUAUAGACGUCAUCAGUGGCUUCGGAGAUAACUUGUGUUCCAUAGUGUGCAGUGACUGUAUUGGCGCUGGUCACGAUGUAUGCCGCAUGGUGGCGCUCUCCUGCCUUGACACAUUGGUAGAGAUCAACCCGCGUACUGAUUGGAUGAGCACACUCACAGACCAAGGAUACCUUCGCAGUCUGAUAGACAGUCUGCUACACGACGACGAAGGUCUCAAAGAGACGUUAGAGCCCAACCCAAAGAACCUGCGCGUCCUGUACGUCUACGAAUCCAAGAUGGCGCUCCUCAUCAAGAUAGCAGGCACGCGGCUGGGCGCGGAGACAGUGCUGGCUCAGGGGGCAUUGUCCUGUCUCGCCAACAUGACCGUGCUCAGCUGCCACCCCGACAUACACACCGGCUAUGGCGCGCAUCAGGACACGGACUUCGUGCCCUGUGUAGCUAACAGAUUCCGUCAGAUCCUAGUUCCCGCGCUGGGACUGUGUGACGCUCUCCUCACCACCCUUGGAACAGAGAACCACAGUUGUGUCAUCCACGUCACACAUCUCUUACUUAGCCAUGUGGAAUGCAUCGACUGUAUACUUAGGGCCGCGCACCCGAACUCUCCGCAAGGCCUGCUGAUCGAACUCGAAGCGGUUACGUCGGUGAUAGCGCGGGCGUCGAACCGGGAGGUGUUCGGGCUGGUGCAGAACGACACGGCGCUGCAACACAGCGCGGCCAGCGUGCAGCGCGUGCAGUGGCUCAUGUUGGCACUACUGCCGCGCUUCCAGCACGCGCCGCCGCAGCCGCCAGAGCACGACUCCACACUAUACUACAAGAUCGUGUGCAACCUCCUGACGUACGCGCGCAACAUCCUGGAGCGCGACGGGUCCCGCGUGCUGUUCCGGCCGUCGCUGGCGGUGGGCUCGCAGGCGGAGGCGGGCCCGCAGUGCGGCGCCGUGCUGCAGCUGCUGCAGCACAUGUGUGCGCGCGCGCACGCGCACGGCAAGCUGCUGGCCACCGUCACGCACCAGCUGGCCAACGUGUCGGCCAUGACUGCUGAUGACAUGAAGAAACUCCUCCCCGCGGAGUCCACGGCCACGUGGCCGGUGGAGAUGCGCGCGCAGGUGGUGUCGCUGCUGCGCUCGCGGCUGCGCACGCGGCGCCUGGAGCUGCAGUACUGCUCGCACGCCUGCGAGGCGGCGCUCUACCUCGUGUGGGCGCACACGCGCGUUUACCUGAGGCAGGCUGUGCCCCUCGACGACAGCGACACCUCUGUGUUAACAGUGGCGAAGGCGUGGCGCGGCGCGGGCGGUAACGAGCUGCCGGAGCUGCGCAAGGGGCUCGUCGACGUGUUCAACGACCGGUUCACCGACCAGUUGCUUGACACAGCUAAGAACCAACCACCGACGCAGCGCGGAUUCCUAGAGGUACUCGUCAAAGAUAUCAAGAGCAUGAUCCAGUUCUCUCCGCUAUAAUAUACUCUAUUAUUAUAUUAUACUUAUUGUUAGUAGGCAACCUUGUUAGCUAUCAGCUCUACGAUACGAUCGAUCAGCUUUUGUACUGUUUAAUAUUAAAUAAUAAAUUAAUUUCUUAA